AGAGCCAAAUUAGAGAUCGCACGAAGCCGGAGCCCAAUCAGUCAGAAAAAGGUACGUUUCGCUGACUCUCUGGGCCUGGACCUGAUUUCUAUCAAACACUUUGAUGACACGGAUAUGCCUGAGGUACCAGACCGCAUUAUUGACAAAUUCAAAAAAGCCAGAGCUCUCCACUUGAACAAUUUCGACAAGUCCAACACAUCAAGUCAGUCCGUGUUCAUGGAGCUGCUCUUCACAAAUCCAGGAUCCCUGCCAGACUUCCUUGACAGAGUUUCUGCAGUGAAGGUUUUACUGGAGUCUGUUCAAGCCGAUGAGUUCAGCCUCUCGGGGGUCGUACGGGUUCUUAACUUGGCUUUCCAAAAAAAGGUCUAUUUGAGGUACACCUUAAAUAACUGGGCGACAUUUAUGGAUAUUCUGGCGUUUUACGUCCCCCAUUCCAGCGACGGGCUGACUGACAAGUUUAGCUUCAAAAUCAUCACCCCGACCUUUCUGGAGGUUGGAGGAACGCUGCAGUUUGCCAUCAAGUACUGUGUCGUGGGAGGUGAAUUUUGGGACAACAACAAAGGGAAUAAUUACAGAGUAAGAAGGCACAUAUUUAAAAUUUCUCCUCCGAGGGAAUGGGAAAACGGCUGGAUCCAUUUUAUUUAGUGCGCGCUUCAGCCUUACUAUGGCGAUGCUUGCUCAUGAAUAUUAAUUUGGUGACUUCCGUCGACGAAUUGGCUAAGUAAUAAUCAUGAGCCAAUUCUUCGCCAUAGUAGGAUUAGUAAUCUCUCCAGCAGUGUACCCUGACUGACCUUCCAUGAAAAACGUAUGUAGCAUACCACCACCACAUAUAGGCUAUUCAUAAAUGUAACACCGCGUUGUCUGUGCUAUUGUCAUUGCUUAAAUAAUGGUAGAGCAUGGGAAAUUAAAUUAACGUCAAAAAGGUAACCACUAACAUGUAUCAUUAGGCAUAUUUCUAUCGUUGUAAUACACUGAAUGCUUAACUGCAGUACAUGUAAGGCCAUGGAGACAAGACCCCUGCUGCCUACACAUAGCUUCAAUGCACUGUGCUGUAAUAGGAUAUCGUGUAAUAAUUACAGAAUCCACAGUGAGCCUGUUACUCUUCAGUUCAAGUGAAAUCAUGGUACUUCAGCAUCACUGUGCUUGUUUUACGUCAAACUGCAGCUAAGGGUUUAGGCUACCUCAGGCAGAUUUUUGAUACAAUAAUAAAUCAAACCUUUUUAGAAGAGUGUAUACCUUGGGUCCAUGUAAAAAUUGCAACCUGUUCCUCUCUGUCUGCUGAGAGCAGGCUUUGGACAAGUGCCUCUUGAGGCCAGGGGAAUAAGGAUUACCUGCAUAGCUCUUAAAGAGACAGAGCAAGAGUGAAUUUACAGAGCCGCUGAGGUGUUUUGCUUUAGCAAUCCAUCCAUGUGCACCAAUUAAAUAUUGCAUACAAUUUCUCUUCCUCACAAAAUAGUCAACAGCCUGCAUGUUUUCUUUUAC